AUGGCGAAGCAUAGCAGCACGACCUUUGCCCAUCUCCCCAAGAGGCCCACUGGUGAUACCCUCUCAACACAACUCCGAUCGGAUCAAGCUGGAUUGAGUGUUUCUCUACUCGCUGGGUGUCAACAAGCUCGGUACUUUAAAAAGGCAAAUUAUGUGGAAAAGAUCGGUGACAAUGAACGAACGGAGGAGUUAUUAGAAUCCUUGGAGGAGAAGCAUAGUGAAAGAAAGGCCGGCGCAUCACGGCAUGUGCUAGACAAGGACGGGAAGAGGCCUCCGAUGGACGGCCAGAAGAGGAAAUGGUCGGAGGAUAUGACAAAGGGGAAAUUGUUAACAACACCAUCCCGAUUGUUCAAGCUUAUCAUCCCUUUGACAACGGUCGACAGCCACAAUGGUGAUAAAGGAAUCGAACCAAUAGCUAUACUUGUUCAUCCCCAGCAACCGCUGUCAUACCUCGAACGACUGAUUCAGUCCGAAGUCCCUCCCAUCGAGGGAAAGCUCGAAAAGCUUCGCCCACCAGCCAUAUCCUUCAUUGCUCUCCAACACGAAGAUAACGCGAUUAAACCAAGAAAGAGGAUCGAUGAUCUUGAUACCGACGAGAAUCGGCGUGUUGCAGUGGAAAAGGAACACAGCAAUGACACCCCCGUCCAACGCCGACGCUCCCGAGAGGAAGAUGCCGAGAUCUACAGCUACCCACGCAAGACAGACAGCAGCUUGGACCCGCUAUGUGGUGAGCCAGAGCGGUUCGUUCGAUGGUCGCAAGCGACGGAGGUUGGGGACUUCAUUCGUGACGCUGCGCGGGCGGGCGAGUUCAUCGUUACCAUCGAAGGGGCACCAGCGGGCCUUGGUCAGAUCCGAGUAACGGUGCCAUCAUUCAAUGAGCGCACGUACUUUCUUCGACUGCGAAUGCGUAAGCUUGCACGCCGGAUCCAAAGUAUUGCCGAAAUCAAGACCAAAUGCGACGAGCUUGCGCAUCGUGGGGCCCAAAGAGUUGCCAUCGGUGGCUUUGGAAUCCUCUCGGUCUGGUGGUAUAGUGUCUACAAAUUGACUUUCGAGACGGAUCUAGGAUGGGACACCAUGGAGCCUGUGACCUACUUGGUCAGUUUGUCAACAUUGAUGGGUGGUUACUUGUGGUUUUUGUAUCACAACCGUGAGAUUUCAUACAAAUCUGCGCUGGACUUCACAGUCAGUACGCGUCAGCGAAAGCUAUACCAGCAGCAUAACCUCGAUCUUCAGCUCUGGGAGUCCCUGAUUGACGAGGGCAAGACGCUCAGAAGAGAGAUCAAGAGCAUUGCUGCUGAGUAUGAUGCGGAGUGGGAUGAACGGUCUGACGAACAAGAUGAGCGGGUCACAGAGGUGCUGAGGUCGAAUCGCGGCGAGAAAGACGGGAAAAAUAGGGACAAAGAUGAUAAACGUGACGAGGAUGAUGAUUAA